CUAGCACGGCUCGGAUGUUGCCUUGUGAACUAUCCGGAAGAGACUUUGAUGCCUGGCGAGACUCGACCCACGCUCAAUCGGAGCAAAGGCAUCCACGAUUUGACCUUCCGUCAUCGUGAUAAUCUUGUCAACGCUCUCAAGACAGGUACCCUCACUAUUCGAGCCAUCACAAGCGAUGUUGCCCGAGCACGCCUUAUAACAUCCAAAGACCCAAUUAUCAUAGGCGAGGCACCCUCACAUCGUUCAAUUCACUCUCGCGGGCGACGUAUGUUUGCUGACGGUGAUAUUGACCGCAAAGGGCCUCGCCGUCUCCCCUCACCUCCUGCUACACCAUCUACUCAUUCUGCUACACCAUCUACUCACCCUGCUACACCUGCUACUGCACCUCCUCAUUCUGCUACCCCUGCUACUCGUCGUCGUGUCCAAGUUUUUGUAGAGAUAUCG